UUCAUUUUGAUUAUGCUGAUUACAUAAGACGACCAGUCAAUAAUAAUAAGGAUGGAGUUUGGAUGACGAUUGUGGAGGCGUUUAUUUCGGCUGCUUGUAGGGCCUACUUAUGUAAAUCCGUUUUUUUCAUUUGCAAGAACGUCUUCAUGGGAGUCGUUGAGUUUAGAAAAUGGUUCCCCUAUGACGCAUUUUUGCUUAAAAUAAUCAAGGUGAUGACGACUGCACCAACAGUGCAUGAGUUGUGCGCCAAUGUGCGUGUGACUGAGGACAAACACGCGUGUGACCUUUGUCGUGAUAAAACUUCGCUUCCUGCAGUCACCAAGACAGACAAGGUUAUAUUAUUUAAGUUGAAUCACCGCUUCAACAGGUUAUUUCAAUGAGAACACAAAGCAAUCCUAAAUGCGGACAUGUACACGGUGUGUACAUGUUUAAUAUAGAUUGUGAAAGAACUACGUAUUCUUCUUCGAACUCCUGGAUUACAACGAAUGUGGUGUUAUUAUUGUCAAUAUUUACCGUGUCAAGAUGUUUAGUGACGCUAUGUCAAGUGGACAUGUAAUUGAUUUGCUUCGUGGUGUUAAUUAAUCGCUCAUUUCAAUGAGAUCACAGAGCAAUUCCAUCUGCGGACAUGUACACACUAUAAAGUAUGGAAAGGGGUGUAUUGUGUGUUUGUCAUAGAAUGUGAAAGAACCUUCAGUUUUAUCCGAUUUCCUGGAUUACAACAGCCGUGUAAAAGGUUAACAUUUCUCAAGCAAGAUGCUACAGUGGCGCUCUUAGGUGUUUAUAUGUUUACUUUAAGCCGAGUGUCUGAUGUAUCGAUCAGAAGCAGCUUCGCCUGACAAGUUGCGAACCAGUGGUUUAAACAACUCCACAACUAUCUCCGCGAGGACCGACCAGCCACUCGGCACUACCCCGUCAAACAUGCCGUCUCGACGGUCUAUAAAGCGGGGCGAGUCCCUGAUCGAAGAAGGUAGUACUCAACAGUACGAGCAGGAGAGGAAGCAAAUGGCGACAAAUAAUUUAGAACAGAAUGAGGACAUAACCCAGCGUACUUCUCUAGCGCAUGGUCUCGUGGCUUCACUAUUAGAAAACACCGGAGCACAUGGGAUCCCAAACAUCAAGAGAGCACCAAAUCUAUUCCGUAGGUUGAUGUGGACUGGAUUGUUCCUUCUUGGGCUGGCCAUGUUCUUGUGGCAGACUUCUUGGUUGUUGGAGAGGUAUUAUUCGUACGGUGUGGAUGUUAAACUUGAUAUUUCGAACGAUAGAAUGAUUGCAUUUCCAGCUGUCACAAUCUGCAAUUUGAAUGGUAUCAGGAGUGAAUAUAUCGAGGACCUAGUGGAUGGUGGUUGGAGUCUUCCUCCAAGCUUAAACCGGCCUACACUGGGCCUCCCCAGUGUUGACCCAGAUACCGAAGAAGAUGAGCAGUUUAGUAAGAUUGCAGACGCUGUCAAACUGGUUGGACUUCUCAAUUACCAUAAAAGACCCCCGACAGGUCACUUGCUCUCCGACAUGCUGCUUAGAUGUGUGUUCCAGGGACGGGCUUGUCAUGCUCGUGAUUUCACUCACUUCCAUCAUUACCUGUACGGGAACUGCUAUAUCUUCAAUGCUGAAACAGAGCCAACCCAACGACGGUUUGUUAGUAAACCUGGGCCCCUGCACGGCUUGACUGUGGAGAUGUACAUUGAGCAAGAUCAAUACAUGGAGAAUAUUCAGCCCUCUGCUGGGGCUAGGGUCGCCGUCCAUCCACAGAAUGAAAUGCCAUUCCCGGAGGACGAGGGUACAAGCGUUUCACCUGGACACGAAACAUUCAUUGGUGUCAAAAGAACGAACUACACCCGUCUGGAGCACCCGUACAGCAACUGCACGCUAGAUAACGACAGGAACAAAGAAACGAUCUUCAAUUUGGCUUUACCGUACAUCCACUAUAGUCAACGGGCAUGCGAAAACGACUGUUUCUACCAGAAUUUUACCCAGGAAUGCGGCUGUACGAAUGCCAAAUACAGGUAUGAUGACAGCAUUCCGUUGUGUGUCGACGCAACCCAAGAUGCGUGCCUGGACAGAAUUGAAGAAUUGUACCUAGACGGGGAUCUAGACUGCAACUGCACCUCCCCAUGCAGGGAAUUGGGAUAUGACGUCACAGUUGGACAGGCACGGUGGCCGAACGAGAAGUUCAAGCCUUUUCUUUAUACUUCUGUCCGGAAUUUCUCGGAAGAUUUGGAGCGGGACAUCGACGGGGAGUCGGAUCCGGAUUUUUUGGAGAAGAAUGUGCUAAAAAUAAACGUCUACUUUGACAAACUCGAGUACACCACAAUUUAUCAGGAGAAAGCAUACGACGAGAUCGCACUUCUUAGUGAUAUGGGCGGCAAUGUAGGAUUAUGGAUCGGUGUGUCUGUACUCACUGUGUUUGAGUUCAUCGAACUUGCCUACGAUUUGUGCAAACUUAUCGCUUACAGGAUCGCAGGUGGCCAGAUGGGACCUCGAGGAGCAAUGAGCACAAGCAAAGUGACGGCGUCAGAAAUAGAUUUAGAAGUAAGAAACAAUGGAACCAUCGACGAAGAACACUCGCACUACGAAAAUUCGUAAUAGACAUCUGUGGCGUUAUUUAACUCAAAGUUGUUAUGUAUUAACUAAUUAGUUGAUACAAGUUUUCACUGACAGAGCUCUCUGUCCAAGAAGCGUUGAAAUGGAUUUUCUUUGUUCGUAAUAAUGUCACAUCAGUAUGGAGCUUUUAAAGGAACAUUAAACAAAUGUAAACAAAAAUAUUGAUAAUAAUGUAACGAAUCCGGAACAAAACAGUCUUCGUUUGAACGAAUAUAAUUAAACAAAAAUCAAUCAUCAUUCUCGAAAAAAAGAAGAUAAAUGUUAGUUUUUAGAUUUUCCCCAAAUUUUAUUUACCAAUGUUCAUUUAAAAGCUCCGUACAUAUUGAUUGCAUGUUUCUGAUAAUGAUUGCCAUGCUUUUACCUUGUACACAUUUGUUUUUAAGUCAUACUAAUUCAAAUGAAUUAAAAGUAGUGAACACAGUUUUUGUGACGUUUAUGAAGCAUAUUUAUUGCAAACUGUUUUAUUUAAAAGUCAGUUUAUACUUUUGGUUAUUAUUGUCAAAGACCAUUACCCAAAGUUGGUUUGUCCCAACACAUGCAACUCACCAAAACUGUGAAAUUGGUUCACUUGGUCGCCGACGUUGCUAAAAAAAAUAACGAACGAAAAAAUACAUUAAAUGUUGCAUAGAAUCGUGUGCUGUCAUAAAGCCUUUCUCGGAUUCACUUUUGUGUGU